UAUACAGCCAGAUGAUCUGUAAUACGUUUCCUGACUUUCACCCCACAUUCCUGCGCUACAAAUGCUGACCCAGUACUUGCUGUCUUUGGAUAUUUUGAACCGUCUGUGUAUAUGGCCACACAAUCCUGAUACACAGUAUCCAGACGACUAUUACAACAAAUCAGCUGGCUCAACACCCUCCCUAUCUUUCUGUAGUCUCUCAAAUACUUCUAGAUCUACAACUGGAGGAAGGAGUAGCCACGGUGGAUUUACAGGAAUAGCUACUGUGUCACAAGACACUCUACGUACACUUUUCUAUAAGCGAAAAUGGAUUGGUCACUUUGCUGUGAUUGCCUUACUUUGAUUGGUUAGCACGCUUCCUUGAUACAACGUAGCUCCAUCCUCGUCGUUGUAGCACAGCUAGCUAAAUGAAACUGAAAACAUUGCCAUUGAGGAAACAAACUCGAUUGAUUGACAACCAAUCCCAGAGAGUCAAGUGUACAGAACCAGCACAGCAGAUUACUGCUUAACGUUCAUCUGUGUCAGUGUCAACAGUCUGAGGCCUACCUACCUACCUACCUCUAAGGAACAUUAGAGAUUGACUGAGACAACAGUAAGGUUUGACCACAGGGGUCAGAAGGGCUGAAGAUGGCUGGGUUCCUGGACAACUUCCGCAUGCCAGAGUGUGAGUGCAUCGACUGGGGAGAGAGGAGAAAUACCCUUGCAUCCAUCGUCGCCGGAGUCCUGUUCUUCACUGGUUGGUGGAUCGUGAUUGAUGCAGCCGUGUCCUACACAACCCAGGAGAUGAACCCUGCCUUCCACUCGUGUGGAGUCUUCGCCACUAUAGCCUUCUUCAUGAUCAAUGCAGUGUCUAAUGGCCAGGUGCGAGGUGAUGCCUAUGGAGAGGGCUGCUUCGGAAGGACCGGAGCUCGUCUUUGGCUGUUCAUCGGUUUCUUGAUGAUGUUCGGCUCCCUCAUCGCUUCCAUCUGGAUCCUGUUUGGAGGAUAUGUGGUUCCCAAGAAAGACGUGUAUCCAGGACUGGCAGUGUUCUUUCAGAAUGCUCUGAUAUUUUUCAGCACGCUGGUCUACAAGUUUGGACGAACCGAGGAUUUGUGGGCUUAGAGCUCUCUGCAUAGUACAUCCCUAACCCGAACACACACACACACACACACACACACACACACACACACACACACACACACACACACACACACACACACACACACACUCACUCGCUGGGGUACUAUCGUUGUUUUUACCAGAGUCAAGGCCAACUGACUAAUACCACUCAGCUCUCAUCUACAAUGUUCAAUAUAGUAGCAUAUGUAUUACCAUUAUACGCCUACCUAUGAACAUUGGAGUAAUGUACUGUGUCAAACUAGCCUCUGCCGAGUAUAGGCUAUUUUUUUUCUCCGCUUAUCUUUCAUGUAGUCUUGAUUAGAGGAAUUAUAAUGUCUUAGAUUGGCAUUCCUUAGAGGUACCCUUCCAUAACUGGGCCCUGAAGUUCAGCCAUAUUCACAUACUGGACUUUAGAUUUAUGCUUUUGACUAAAACAGUUUUACAGUGUCAUAACGCUGUAUGUUGAUAGACGUGGGAAAAUUCACACUUUGUCAAAUGUAAUCAUGACAUUGAUUUCAUAUUUAUCACCCCCAUAUUCCAGAGCACCUCCUGAAGUAUUAUUGUUUUACCCUCAAGUGAUUUACCAUCUCCCAAAGAUUGUUUAUUUAUGUAAAUACAUAUAUUGUAAGAGCUAGAGGCCUUCACGUGUCCAAAAAGUUGGACCUGGGGAUUUUCUACCCGGACCCGAUAUGCAUAUUUUAUUUUUUUUAAUAUAGAGACCUGUUCCGUAUAGACCUGGUCAGAUCCAGAUCCAGUGCUGUGUGUUCGUGGCUACUGUGAGUGAGCGAGUGAUGACGUGGAGGAGUGAGAGAGAGACAACAGACCGCAACCAACCAAGCCGUCUCGCUCUAUAGUAGACUAAUAGCUGGUAUAUAUAGGUUAUUUAUCAUCAAAUAUGACUACGUAGUACCUGUCUUGACUGCAUCAAACCGCUAUCCAGCUAGCUAAGCUAAUUGAGGCUGCAUGCCCUUUCUCGUCCUAAACAGUUAAACUACAACUCCAUUCAGAAUAUUAAGUAGCAGCCUACCUGUUGAUUCUAGGUCAUUGUAGCUAUCCUUCACCUUUUAAUUCCGUCAUUUUAAUUCCAUCUUCCAUUGAUUUAGAUAUCUCCUAACCUUUGCCACACGGAGGCUCUAUGACUGUAGCCUAUUGCUGCAUUGAUGACUUAUGAUUGGCCAACAACAACAAGCUUCACGCUCCAAUAUUAUGAAAAGCCAGAGCAGCAGCACAAUUUCUCGUUUUCUCUCUCUCCUGCAGCAGUCGCGUACGGAUCGGUCACUUAAAAUUGACACAUACCCAUGACCAUUAGAUCCGACUAAGACCUGUGAUAUUUAGAAUUCUUGAUGGUCCCGGGAUCGGGUGUCUGGUAUUCGGGUACAGGUAAUAAGAGCACAUGUUAUCACUGGGAACAAUUUUUUUUGAUUGAUCUGCUCUAAAUUCUAUUUUAGCAAGUUGUUAUCUAUCACUUUUAUCACAUGCACUGGAUUAUAUCAAAGCGUUUAUGGGAAGCCAUAUAUAUUUUAAGCAAAGCGUUUAUGGGAAAUUUGUCUGCUUCAAACUACGAUCAGUUCCUGUUUGUUUUAAAUGGGGUAGCUGUCGUUCUGUCUCAGGAUUCGUCAUUUUUGAAGUCUGUUUUUUUUAGAGGUCCGAAGCAUUUUUUCUAUCGUCGUUCCUUUCAGAAAGUGACAAGUAUCUUUAUAUGAACAAAGGUAAUCUUUUAACGGUCGUCGUUAUCAUAGCAAAGUUCCCCUCGCCCAUUUAAACAAUGUUUCUGUAUUCUACAAAUCGAAUUCUCAUCCAAAAUAGCACUAGUUUAGGUACAGUGAGAUCCUGCAUCUGAAUCCCAUACUAUUACGUAUACUACACUACUACCCCACAGAUUGUGCUAUAGCGGGCCUAUCCUGCAUCUUAAAAAUGCUUAAGUAGAUAAAAAAGGGUAUGUGCAUGAUGUCAGUCACAUUAGCAGUUUGCAUCAGCCAGCCCAAAGCAUGCUGGGACGUAUCAGCUCCGUAAUAACCAUUUACGCCAAUAGCUGAAGAAAAGGGUCAAGCAUGUAUGGUAGUAGACAGGUGGCUCCUUUUUCUAGUGUUGCUAUCAACUACCUCAUUCCCUUUGUGUGAUAGCUGUUCCAUUUAGCAGCAAUGUGAGUCAGACUGCCCUGGUUCUCACCCUCCUUCACCUGUUAAAAAAAAAUGACAUGUCAAUCUGAAGCACCAGGGCUGUGCUAGCUAUGUAUUUAUUAGAAAGGGAACAAAUUUGGAAGGCAUUAUUAUAAGGAUUUGGCGUCAGGUCAGUGUUGACCUAGAAGUGGAUGAAUAUGGCUGAUCGCGGUCCGUAAACUGGAGCUCGGUAGCUGGAGAUAAUGUUUUUGUCUGGUGGUGAGUAGCUGACCAGAUACGGGCUGAAAUAAACUUCCUCUAGCUGGAGGAAGUUGAUUAAAUAAAAAAACUCAGUCGCCAAAGUAGCUAAAAUUAACAGAAGGAAAUUUAGGUGUGAAAUCCUAAUGUAAAAAUUAUUUUUAAGUAGCAUUGACAGAUGCAGCGUGAUUGGUUGGUUAUUGACUUCCAAGAGAAGUAAACACAGAUGACUUUUGACUUAUCUGAAUUUUUCAUGUCGUCUGCUAAGCAUCCAAUGCUCAUGACAUGAAUCUGUCGAUCUGGAUGUGAAUGAGCUACAACCAGUGAAUGAGAGGUCAUUAUGAAGUGUUUCAAUGGGUUAUAUAUGCUAUUAUACCCCCCCCCCCCCCCCAAAAUAACCACUUUCAAUUUGUUAAAAGGGGAAGUGUUACGGGGUACUGAUUCAUCAAGCGUUUUGUAGUAGUUCUCUGUCCUUGAUCAUUGACUUCCUCUGUUCAAAUUUAACGACAGACGUGGAAUAAAUGGUCACGUAAUCUGCUUCAAUAAAAAAAAACAUUUUAAAUGUAAA